AUGGCAGGAUUAGAUUUCUCGGGAAUUCAACAGUUUGAUCCUCAUUCAGAGCCAAGUUCGCUGGCUUCGCAGGGGAAAGAAUGGCUGCAACGAUUCAAACGAUGUAUAGUCGCUUUUGACAUCAAAGACAAAGCAAGGAAACGAGCUCUAUUGUUAUACCUGGCCGGUCCAAAGGUGGAAACAAUAUUUGCCACGCUCUCUGAUACGGGAGAAGAGAACGACUUCGAUAAAGCCAUAGAGAAAUUGACAGAGUAUUUCGCGCCGAAAAAAAACAUUCUAUACGAGCGACAUAUUUUUCGCCAAGUCAGCCAGCGAUCUGACGAAACAAUUGACCAAUUCUGUACACGACUGAGACAUCGUGCCUCGACAUGCGAAUUCGAUAAUGUAGAGGACGAGAUUAAAACACAAAUCGUGGAAAACUGCAGGUCUAGUCGACUCAGAAGGAAAGCAUUUCGGGCUGACCCCAAGCUGGAUGAUUUGAUUAAAUACGCGAGAGCACUGGAAAUUUCUGAUCACCAUGCUGAAGAAAUGGAAAAGCAACACCGUCAGGAGGCUGUGUAUCAAAACACCAGACGAGAUUUUCCGCCAAGGGAUAUAAAAAGUAAACAAGCACAAACUUGUUAUAAUUGUGGAGGGACGUACCCCCACCAAGGCAGGCCCUGCCCCGCUGCAGGCAAGACCUGUCAUAAUUGCUCAAAAACUGGACAUUUCGCUCGAGUUUGUAAGUCUGAACAAAAACCAAUCUCUCGAAAACCUCGAAUGCCUCAGGACCAAUAUAAAUCGAAGGCAAACAAGUUGAAUGCUUUGAACCAAAAUCGGCAACAGUAACCACUCUCUACUGAGCCAACAGUACAAGGUGAACCGGAAGUAAGCGACAGUGAUAGCAAUGAGGAUAUAUUUGCUGUUUCGAGAGCCAAGAAAGUGAAGCAACCACCCAUGACAAAACUCAAAAUUAAUGGGGUGAAAGUAGAGUUUUUGAUUGACACCGGAGCUUCAGUGAACAUUUUGACACAAAAGGACUAUGAGUUUCUCUGUACAAAUUCAAAGGACCAAAUCUCUUUACGAAAAACUAAAACUAGAAUAUAUGCGUUUGGCUCUUCAGAACCAGUUGAGUUGAAAGGAAAGUUUGAAGUUCUAGUUGACUCAAAGCGUCGUGUUGCUGCCGCUACAUUUUAUGUCACAAAGGGAACUCAAGGCACUACUUCAAUUCUCGGUUGUGAGACGUCUACUAAUUUGCGUUUGAUUACCAUGAAUGUUAAUUCUGUGUCGAAAGUAUCGGCUGUCAAGUCGGACUCUGGAACUGAUACGAGUAGCUGUGAUUUGGAUGCGAGUAAAAGAAAAGAAAACCUAUUGAAAGGUAGGCACCCUAAUGUAUUUACAGGAAUUGGUAAACUAAAGGGGCAUGAACAAAAGAUUCACAUAAAUACCAAUGUACCCCCUGUUGCCCAAACGAACAGGCGUGUUCCAUUUCAUUUACGCAAACAGUUAGACACCUGGCUUGACGAUUACUUACAAAAAAAUAUAAUUGAGCCUGUAUCUGAUGAGAGCACUGACUGGGUGAGUGGACUAGUUCUUGCACCAAAACCCAGAAACCCCAAUGAAGUAAGAGUAUGCGGCGACUACCGCCAAGCAAACACAGCUAUAAAAAGAGAAAAACACCCAAUUCCUACAGUUGACGAACUGAUGGAAAGUAUGAAUGGGGCAAUUAAAUACAGUAAGAUUGAUUUGAAGGCUGGGUAUCACCAAAUUCCCCUUGAGAAAAGUUCCAGGUCCAUUACUACAUUUAUUACGCAUCGUGGAUUGUUUCGCUAUAAACGAUUACCUUUCGGUAUCAACUCGGCCAGCGAGGUAUUUCAGCAUGCUAUCGAGAAUGCCAUUCGAGGGAUAGACGGAGUUCGUAACAUCGCGGAUGAUAUAAUUGUUUGGGGGUCAACACAACAGGAACAUAAUUUACGGUUAGAGCAGUUAUUUGCUCGCUUAGACGAGUCCGGCUUAACCGUAAAUAAUGACAAAUGUCUAUUUGAUCAGAGAGAACUUUGGUUCUAUGGCUUUCUCCUUACUGAUUCAGGCAUAAAAGUUGAUCCAAGGAAAGUUGAUGCAAUUAAGCAUGCUAAGGAACCAAAGGACACAAAAGAACUCCGUAGUUUCCUAGGGCUAGCAAACCAUUGUUCCAGAUUCAUCAAGAACUUUUCAACUCUUACAUCCCCCUUGCGAGAACUUACUGUAGCCAAAGCACCCUAUGCAUGGACACCUAGACACACAGCAGCAUUUGCUGCUAUUAAAGAAGCUAUACAGAAAGACUGUAUCAUGCAUUUUUAUGACCCAAAUCAGAAAACAUGUCUAACAGUCGAUGCAAACCCCACAGGUCUUGGAGCAAUAUUGUCGAACAUUGACAGAGCAGGUAAUUUGCAUAAUGUAGCAUAUGCCAGUAGGUCACUCACUCUAACUGAACAACGGUAUUCACAAACCGAACGAGAGGCCUUAGCCGUUGUCUGGGGUUGCGAACGGUUUCACAUGUACCUAAUUGGUGCAGAAUUCACAAUUUGCACCGAUCACAAAGCCCUUGAGGUAAUUUAUUCACCCAAAUCCAAACCACCUGCUCGGAUUCAACAGUGGGCUCUUCGCUUACAACAAUACAAAUUUAAUAUAAUAUAUCGCAAAGGCGAAGGCAACCCUGCUGAUCUACUUUCUAGACAACCACUACCUGUAGUAUACACUGAACAUUGUGACAUUGCUGAACAAUAUAUCAAUUUUAUAGAGAAGAACACCAUCCCCAAGGCCAUGAGUAUCGAGUCCAUUAUUGCAGCAACUGCAGUUGAUCCAGAAAUGCAAUCAGCGAUUGAAAGUAUCCAAUCGGGUGUCUGGGCAAAGCAUCAUCCCUUUUAUGCAGUGAGAGAAGAACUCGCUGUCACACCAAACAGUCUCUUGCUCCGUGCAAAUAAGUUGAUCAUUCCAACAAGGCUUAGAAAUGAAACCAUGAUACAUGCCCACAAAGGUCAUCAGGGCAUUGUCAAAACAAAACAAGCCCUGAGGACGAAAGUGUGGUGGCCGCGAAUUGACAAAGAUGCGGAAGAGUUUAUUAAGCAUUGUCACGCAUGCCAGUCUCUCGGGCAUGGUGAUCCGCCACCGCCUCUUCAACAACACAAAUUGCCCUCCAAACCAUGGGAUAGACUUCACAUGGAUUUUUGCGGUCCAUUUCCCACGGGGGAAACACUUUUUGUUGUCAUUGAUUCAUAUUCAAAGUUCCCAGAAGUGGAAAUAAUGAUAUCCACUACUGCCAGCGCCGUCACGAAUCGCCUGGACAGAAUUUUCGCAGUUCAUGGCAUUCCCACUGAAAUCUACUCGGACAAUGGUCCACCGUUUGCUAGUGAUGCAGUGAAGAAAUUCAUGCGAAAUCGCGGAAUAAAUCACCGGCUUGUAACACCUUAUUGGCCACAGGCCAACGGGGAAGCCGAGUCGUUCAUGAAGCCCCUCGGUAAGGCUGUAAAAGCAGCGAAAACGGAAGGAAAGGAUUGGAAAGAAGAGCUACAUGGUUUUCUGUUAGCUUACAGAACUACAUCACACUGUACCACCGGGGUAGCACCAAGUCAACUGUUGUUCAAUCGCGAAGUUCGUACGAACAUGCCAACUUUUGUAAAAGAGGGGGAUAUUGAUUACAAGAUUUUACACGAACAGGCUAAGAUAAAUACGUCAGAGAAGCAGUCGAAAGCGCAGCAGUAUCCAGAUAAAAGACGACGAGCUCGGAAAGCAAACAUCGAAGUAGGAAUGAAAGUUUUGGUGAAACAAGAACGAAAAAACAAAUUUAGUACUGUUUUUGAUCCAACACCUUUGACUGUAACGAAAGUUAAUGGCACAAAGAUAACCGCAGCGAGACACGAUCUCACUACCACCAGAAACGUAUCGCAUUUCAAAAGAUUUUACUCAAAAGACGAAAGUGCUGAUGAACAGGAAUGCGACGACAGCGCUAGCGAUGUAACGGACGAUGAAGAUAAUAACGAACAGCCACAAGAUAUUCCACGAAGGUAUCCGGCAAGAGUACGAAGAAGACCUCGGUUCUUGCGCGAAGAAACUUAA